AGAGAUUUUAAACUACAUUGAUUUCAAAUUUGACAUUUUUUGUCCUGAGACAUCUAUCAUUCGAUUGGUUGAUGUCAUCAUCUGUUGUUUAACAAACUCCUGCGUAAUAACAAACUCCUGCGUAAAACUUAACGCAAAGGCAUAUCUGCUAAACAACAAGGCUACGCCUCAGAAUAGCAUAUCACCCUAGCCAGCAUAGAUCCGACUCUGUACGACUCAGAAGGAGUUGUGUUACAUACUGAAACUUUAGUCCUCAACGUUUUCUUGGUCUCUUGUCAGAUAAUAGAAUAAAAAAGAUGGCGCCGAUGAAUAGCUGCUUUGGUGUCACUGGCUCGACCAUGGCACCGAACUCUACGAUGUUUCUGUCUGCAACCAUGGGGAAUACAGCGACAAUUAAGGCGUUCAGUCUGUCAUUUGAAAUUGAUAAGGACGUUCACCUUGUUGCAUUUGCAUGAUACUAAGUAACCUAUUUUUGAUCAUUAGAUCAUCAGGCAGUGACCACGUCGCGUUACGGAAACUAGAGACUCUGAUAAGCUAGCACGCAAUGAAUCGCCUAAACGACUAAGCCGAUUGCUCCCUCUCUAGUGCUUAAGUCCAGCAUUGGACGUGCAAAGGUCUUCUCUCAUUUUCUCGUCUAAUGCACCGACGGGCAGCGGUCGUGGAUUCCCAGAGACGAAGAUUGGCGAGCCGAUUUCGAACGAUACUUCAGGUGUUGACAAUUUGCGUUCGCGGAUCUGGGAUGACGAGUCAAGAGUCAAUUAAGGCCUUCAAUGAUAUUGAAUAUGAGUUGUAUGUGUUAAUAUUGAUCCGUAACAGUAUCAGUCCGUCGUCGCCAUUGAUGAAGGCUGCAUGAUAUAUUCAUGCUUUGCAAGAAGAUAAGUAGUCAUGAUCAUAAUUCUAUACUCCUACACAAGAAAGUUGAAGUUCUAAUCUUCCUCGACCUUGUUGGCGUGCGAGAUGUCGGAUGGACGCAAAGCUUUGAUCCCGAAGAAGGACGUUGGCAAAGGCAACGCUUACACAGACACUUUGCAGAAGCAGCGAGUGAAUCUUAUGGUGACCAGAGUAGAGUGGACUUUUUUGAAGGCUGAGAUAGCUCACUAACAGUGAGUAGAUUAGAAUCUAUUUAAUCGACUAGAUUUAGAGUAGAGACUAGAUUUACUGUAGAGCUAGAAGAGAGCCGAUCUUUAAUAUCGAUCUUUAGAAUUGUUCUUGAAAGUCGAUCUUUAAAGUCGAAGACUAUCCAUUAGUCUAUCCAUUAGUAUCCAUGUAUAAGUAGCCCAACAACUCGGAUCAGAUGACCAAAAAGACUUACCUCUUCCUCUAAGGUUCUCUAUUCCAAGAGCCUCCAAGAUCCAAGGGCAGCACAAGAGCCGGUGAUCAUUGACAGGCUGUCAGAGUUGAGCAGACCGGGUAUAAUUUUUUCUCUUUGUUGAUAGAUGCACAGUUUUUUAUCAUACAUGACACGGGAUUCGAAUCUUUCUUUGGUGACAGCAAACCGGAAAAUACACUGCAAAAAAAACGUAACUUACUAGUACUACUAACUAUUACAAACAACUUACUUUACAGGUUUGGAGUCCUUAGACUUCACCGGACGCAUUCCAUACCAAGAGCCUCCACCGAUCUGGCUGGUCAUCAACGGCACAGAGUUAUGGAUUCAAAUCUUCUAAUAAGAGGUGGAAAAUAUAGGUGGAGUAACUUCUACUCGACGAAAAGGAUUCAACUUUUUUUAGUCUUUUUGAAAGGCUACAACAUUCGUAGAGGAAGAACCCAGAAAAGAAAUAUUCCUUCUAGUCAUUGUCCAGCAUGCAUCAAUGGAUGAAACUCUCUUACCCCUCUAGCUCUAGCUAGAAGUUCUAGUACUAGAAUUUUUAGCAACUGACCUCCUCGUAUGUCCAUUCUAGCAAGAAAAUUUGUGUGCUCAACCUGUUCUUCCACGUCAAGUACAGGGUUCGUAAUGGUUGUACUCUGUAGAAUGAUAUGAAAAAUGAAACUCUACCUGUAAUACAAAAUGAAAUUCUCGACUUACCCCGUCUAAUAUUAGAAUUCCUAGCCACCGCCGGACGCGAUCCGAGGAAUGGAACGAGGAUGGAGCGACACCCGCAAAUGCUGCACCUGGAGGAAGGCGAUUUGGUGCUGAAAAAGUUCAAUCCCAAGUUAUGAUGAACUGAAUCAUGUUGCAGGAGAUAUGUGCAAUAUAGCACAGCAUACGCUGAGGACCUCCCAUUUUUGGAAAUUUUCGGGUAAGAAGCGGUAGUGCUCCUAUCAUUGAGCUAGUCUGAGUGUUAUAGUCUAUGCAGGCGAAGGGGAAACCGUGCCACGGCUUUGAUUUGAUCGCUUAAAGGCCCUAUUUGAUUUGGCUAGUACUCUGUAACUACAAGCGACUGAUAAGACAAAAUUCUUCAUAGUAGAUUUCUGAGUAGAUUUUGCAACCAACUACUUUUCUCUAAAACCUGGAAACUUCUCAACAAGAACCUACGAAGAAGAAGAGUUUGUCGCACGCGCAAAGUUCCCGCACAUCUCGGACAAGACGUUCGAAAACAUGAGGGUACCACUUCACUACUUGUUUUUAUUUGACGUUCGAAAACAUCAGGGUACUACUUCAUUAAAUCAACGUGUAAGGAAGAGCAUCGUCAUCCUCUUUGUGUUACUGCUAGCACUCAGACGCAGAUAUCAUAAUUAUGUUGGGAUAUACUUCUAGAAUGAAUGAAGUAGAAUCUACUACCUUUGAAGAUUACAUCAAGAACGCAUAAAUCCAUCUUGUGAUUAUAUAUUCAUAUGUUAUCACGGAUUCUUCAAGCCUGUGAUUAGUACACACACUUAAAUGUAACCCCAAGAGUAUGCAUACCCAUACGCACUCAUCACGACCAUAGGGCGACAUUUACAUUUGGUGCCGAAAGCUUGGUGCAGCUGGUGGAAGGAUGAGCGUGGACAACCGUCCAUUCGCGGAAGUCGGCACUAAGGAGCAUCCUUUGAUCGACUCACAAGAGGGCUUUGUACCGAUCUCGAUAUUGGAAAAUCGUGCUGAGACAAAUUGGCCUGCAGCCGAUUGCACCGCGUCCUUCCCACAGAGGGCAGCAUUGCAGCCUCGAUUUAAGCUCCCCUAA